UUUAGGGAAACUUCCUGGUUAUGUACAGGUGAAGCAAGGGAGGUAGAGAGUAGACGGGAAGCUGACUUGCAAAGCACAUAGAGAGCUAACCAAAGAACUACACUAUCACAGAGGCAAAAUUACACAGUUAAAAAUAUUUUAGCUACUCUUCAAACAACACCAGAAACACACAUUCAGAUAAUAACAAAACAAUAGAAAAGACUGUAGGGUAAUGCAAUCCGUUUCUGGGGCACAACGAUAAAAAGUCUCUGGAACUCUUCAGAAGAAUACUGCCACAAUGAGUGAGAUGUCCAGCUUCCUGCACAUUGGAGACAUUGUCUCUCUGUAUGCAGAGGGCACAGUGUGUGGUUUCAUCAGCACUUUGGGGUUGGUGGAUGACCGGUGUGUGGUUGAACCAGCUGCUGGAGACCUUGAUAACCCUCCAAAAAAAUUUAGAGAUUGCCUGUUUAGGGUUUGUCCCAUGAAUAGAUACUCAGCCCAGAAGCAAUACUGGAAAGCUAAACAGGCAAAGCAGGACAAAGAGAAGAUCUCUGAUGUACUUCUUCUGCAAAAGUUGCAGCAUGCAGCAAAUCUUGAGCAAAAACAAAAUGAGACAGAAAACAAGAAAGUUCAUGGGGAAGUUGUUAAGUAUGGAAGUGUAAUUCAGCUGCUACACAUGAAAAGUAACAAGUAUCUAACAGUUAAUAAGCGGUUGCCAGCACUGCUGGAAAAAAAUGCCAUGCGGGUAACACUCGAUGUGACUGGAAAUGAAGGAUCCUGGUUUUUCAUACAACCAUUCUGGAAACUUCGAAGUAAUGGAGAUAAUGUGGUGGUUGGAGAUAAGGUGAAUCUUAAUCCUGUGAAUGCUGGACAGCCACUUCAUGCCAGCAACUAUGAGCUCACUGACAACCCAGGCUGCAAAGAGGUGAAUUCACUAAAUUCAAACACAAGCUGGAAGAUCAAUCUCUUCAUGCAAUAUCGAGACUAUAUGGAAGACGUACUUAAGGGGGGUGAUGUAGUUCGCCUCUUUCAUGCUGAGCAAGAAAAGUUUUUGACAUGUGAUGAAUAUAAAUCCAGGCUGCAUGUCUUUCUUCGUACUACCUUAAGACAGUCAGCAACCUCUGCCACCAGCUCUAAUGCUUUAUGGGAGGUGGAGGUUGUCCAUCAUGAUCCCUGCAGGGGUGGUGCUGGGCAUUGGAACAGUCUUUAUCGAUUUAAACAUCUUGCAACGGGACACUACCUUGCGGCUGAGGAGAAUCCAGCCUAUAAAGGGGAUGCACCAGAAUUUAAAUCAGGAUCUUCUAAUGCAGUAGUCAGCACACGACCCAGUCGUAAAAAUGCAGGCGAAAAGAUCAAAUUUCGUCUUGUUGCAGUACCCCAUGGGAAUGACAUUGCUUCUCUUUUUGAACUGGACCCCACUACUCUGCAGAAGACAGACUCUCUUGUUCCUCGGAACUCUUUUGUGAGAUUACGCCACCUCUGCACUAAUACUUGGAUCCAGAGCACCAAUGUACCCAUUGAUGUAGAUGAGGAGAGACCAAUACGCCUUAUGUUAGGUACAUGUCCUACAAAAGAGGAUAAAGAAGCAUUUGCCAUUGUCUCAGUGCCUGUAUCUGAGAUUCGUGACUUAGAUUUUGCCAAUGAUGCCAGUUCAAUGCUUGCCAAUUUUGUUGAACGCUUAAAUGAGGGGUUCAUCAGCCAGAAUGACCGUAGGUUUGCCAUAAAACUUUUAGAAGAUUUGGUGUUCUUUGUGGUGGAUGUUUCUAAUAAUGGACAGAAUGUUCUGGAUAUUAUGAUUACCAAGCCUAAUCGAGAGAGGCAGAAGUUGAUGAGGGAGCAGAACAUACUCAAACAGAUAUUUGGUAUCCUGAAGGCACCAUUUAAGGAGAAAGGUACAGACGGUCCUUUGCUAAGACUGGAGGAGCUUUCUGACCAAAAAAAUUCCCCCUACCAAUAUAUGUUUCGGCUCUGUUAUCGGGUACUUCGCCACUCACAAGAGGACUAUAGAAAAAACCAGGAACAUAUAGCCAAACAAUUUGGAGUCAUGCAAUCGCAAAUUGGUUAUGACAUUCUUGCAGAGGAUACCAUUACAGCUCUACUACAUAACAACCGAAAACUAUUGGAAAAGCAUAUUACCAAAACAGAGGUGGAAACCUUUGUAAACUUGGUCAGAAAAAACCGUGAGCCCCGAUUUUUGGAUUACCUUUCUGACCUUUGUGUUUCAAAUCACAUUGCAAUCCCAGUAACCCAGGAACUUAUCUGUAAAUGUGUUCUGGACCCCAAAAACAGUGAUAUUCUUAUCAAGACAGAGUUAAGACCACUAAAAGAAAUGUCUCCUGAGUACAUGAGUCUUGAGUACUGUGAUGAAGAAGUAUGGCUUACCUGGACAGAUAAAAAUAAUGACUCUCAUGAAAAAAGCAUUCGACAACUGUCCCAAGAAGCACGGGCUGGUAACGCACAUGAUGAGAAUGUUUUAACAUAUUACAGGUAUCAGCUAAAGCUUUUUGCCAGGAUGUGUUUAGAUCGUCAGUACCUUGCUAUACACGAGAUUUCCAAGCAGCUGAGUGUGGAUCUCAUCUUCCUCUGCAUGGCAGAUGAAAUGCUGCCUUAUGAAAUUAGGGCCUCCUUCUGCCAUCUCAUGCUACAUGUCCAUGUUGACAGAGACCCUCAAGAGUUAGUCACUCCUGUGAAGUUUGCACGUCUUUGGACAGAGAUUCCUAUGGCCAUCACAAUCAAAGACUAUGACUCCAAUUUGAAUGACUCAAGAGACAAUAAAAAAAACAAGUUCACUAGCACAAUGGAGUUUGUUGAAGACUACUUGAAUAAUGUAGUCAGUGAAUCCAUGCCUUUUUCCCAUGAGGACAAGAACAAAUUAACGUUUGAGGUGGUGAGUCUAGCAAGACACUUGAUAUAUUUUGGGUUCUAUAGCUUCAGUGAAUUACUGAGACUAACAAGAACUCUCCUAGGAAUCAUAGAUUGUGUCCAGAACCCACAGUCCAUACUUCUGCAAGCAAUAUACAGUGAAGAUGGGACAGGAAAAAAUGUUAGAAGAUCUAUCCAUGGAGUUGGACAGAUGGUGUCUACAAUGGUUCUUAAUCGGAAGCAAACAGGAUACAGCUCAUCUCAGUCAUUAAGCUCUGUAGUCAACCAUGAGACCCCGAUUAAAAGAAAGAAUGUGGAUAUGGAGAACAUUAUUGUUAUGGAAACCAAGCUCAAGAUCCUGGAGAUUUUACAGUUCAUCCUCAAUGUAAGACUGGACUAUAGAAUAUCAUAUCUUCUUUCUGUCUUCAAGAAGGAAUUUGUUGAAGUGUUUCCUAUGCAGGACAAUGCAGCAGAUGGAACAGCUCCAGCUUUUGAUUCCACAAAUGCAUCGUUGAACUUGGAUCGCAUUGGAGAGCUGGCAGAAGCUAUGUUUGGUGUGGGAAAGAGCACCAGCAUGCUAGAAGUAGAUGAUGAGGGAGGAAGAAUGUUUCUCCGUGUCCUUAUUCAAUUGACAAUGAAUGACUAUCCAUCUCUUAUUUCUGGCUCCUUACAAUUGCUUUUCAAACAUUUCAGUCAACGACAGGAAGUGCUACAUACUUUCAAACAGGUUCAGCUGCUAAUUUCUACACAAGAUGUUGAUAACUAUAAAGUAAUCAAAUCUGAACUGGACAGGCUGAGGACGAUGGUGGAGAAAUCAGAGCUCUGGGUGGAUAAAAAAGGAAACACAGGGAUUAUUGGCUCAACAGAUGGCAAUAAGAAGGACAAAAAAGAGCAUGUAGAGAAUCAGGAUAACUCAGGAAAACCAGUUAUGGAGAAGAGCAGUGAAAAUUACCAAAUUGUGAAAGGGAUCCUGGAGACACUAAAUAAGAUGUGUAAUGGCCCAGAACAAGUUCGCAAAAAACAGCAAAGGCUUUUAAAGAAUAUGGAUGCCCAUAAGGUUAUGCUGGAUCUUCUUCAGGUCCCAUAUGAAAAGGAGGAUACUAAAAUGAAAGAGAUUCUGAAAUAUACUCACCAGUUUCUGCAGAAAUUCUGUGCCACAAAUCCAGAAAACCAAGCACUCCUUCACAAGCAUUUGUCAUUGUUCCUAACUCCAGGUCUUCAGGAGGCAGAAACAAUGCAACACAUUUUCCUGAAUAACUACCAGCUCUGUUCAGAGAUUCACGAGGCUGUCCUUCAACAUUUUAUCCACUGUCUAGCAACACAUGGCAGACAUGUUCAGUAUCUGGACUUUCUACACACAAUCAUAAAAGCAGAGGGAAAAUAUAUCAAGAAGUGUCAGGAUAUGAUCAUGACAGAGCUUACUAAUGCUGGAGAUGAUGUAGUGGUUUUCUACAAUGAUAAAGCAUCAUUUGCAUCCAUGUUGGAAAUGAUGGCAACAGCUCGUGAAGCUAUAGAGGAGAAUAGUCCUUUAAAGUACCAUAUCUCUCUGGUUGAUCUUUUGGCUGCUUGUGCUGAGGGAAAGAAUGUCUAUACUGAGAUCAAGUGCACAUCCCUUUUACCUCUUGAAGAUGUUGUCCGAGUGGUUACUCAUGAAGAUUGUAUUACAGAGGUGAAAAUAUCAUACGUGAACUUUGUUAACCACUGCUAUGUGGAUACCGAAGUAGAAAUGAAGGAAAUUUAUACUAGCAAUCAUAUCUGGACUUUGUUUGAGAACUUUAUCCUUGAUAUGGCUCGUGUGUGUAAUAAGCGAGAGAAAAGAAUUGUGGAUUCCACACUUGAAAAGUAUGUUCUCACAGUGGUCCUGGAAACAAUAAGGUCCUUUUUCAACUCUCCAUUUUCAGAGAACAGCACCUCUUUACAGACUCAUCAGACUAUUGUAGUACAGCUUCUUCAGUCUACCACGCGGCUGCUUGAAUGUCCCUGGCUUCUUCAGCAGUACAAAGUAUCUGUGGAGGCUUGCAUUCGUGCUCUAGCAAUGCUUGCAAAAAGUCGAAGCAUUUCUCUCCCAAUGGAUUUAGACACACAUGUUAGUUCUUUGUUGAACAGUUCUUCUAGUGCUUUACAAAGAAACCAGUCUACUUAUAAAACCACAUCAACAAGGUCCUUUGCCCGUGGAAGUGCUACUCAGAACCAGUGGGACUAUAAGAACAUUGUAGAGAAAUUACAGGAUAUUAUAAACAUCUUGGAGGAGCGUUUAAAGCCUCUUGUAGAAGCAGAACUAUCUGUUCUUGUAGAUGUACUUCAACAUCCAGAGUUACUUUUUGCAGAAGGAACUGAUGCACGAUUGCGCUGCGAAAGUGGGGGCUUCAUUUCAAAGCUAAUUCAGCACACUAAAAACCUUAUGUCAAGUGAGGAGAAGUUGUGCAUCAAAGUUUUACGGACUCUUCAACAGAUGCUAAUGAAAAAGAGAAACUAUGGAGAACAGGGAAAUAUGCUGAGAAGAACGCUUUUGAAUAUUUAUCUACAUAACAAAAAAUUGAAUCCAAAAGGAGAGACAUCUGACAGCUUUGCUAUUGCUCAGGAUCAAGACUGGGCUAUGAUAGCUUCAAUCCAAUGUAAACUGGAUCGAGAAGGGGCUACUAAACUUGUUUCUGAUCUCAUCAUGAGCUCAAAGAAUGAAAAAAUCUUUCAGGAGAGUAUCUUAUUGGCCAUCAGAUUGCUGGAUGGAGGAAACACAGAAAUACAGAAUUCAUUUUACAAUUUAAUGAAGGGUGACAAUAAAUCAGAGAAGUUCUUCAAGGUUUUGAAUGAACGUAUGAAAUGUGCCCAACAAGAAAUAAAAUCUACAAUGUCUGUGAAUAUGAAUGACUUGGGGGCACAUGAACCCGACGAUGAAAAUGCAGAAUAUCCCCCCAAAGGUCGAAACAACCAAUAUGUGAUACAUGCUUCCACCUCACGGGCCAUUACUGGAGGAUCCUUCAGAAAAGGGCAUGAUGUAGCUGACAAUGGGGAAAGUAAUGAAGUGGGACCUGCAGUUCUUAUUAUGGAGCCUAUUCUUAGAUUCCUACAACUUCUUUGUGAAAACCAUAAUUCUGAUUUGCAAAAUUUUCUUCGAAAUCAAACUAAUAAAACAAAUUAUAACCUUGUGUGUGAGACACUGCAGUUCCUUGACAUAAUGUGUGGGAGCACCACUGGAGGACUUGGUCUUCUUGGACUUUACAUUAAUGAAAAAAAUGUUGCACUCAUUAUCCAGACAUUGGAAACACUUACUGAGUACUGUCAAGGACCAUGCCAUGAGAACCAGAGCUGCAUAGUGACACAUGAAUCCAACGGGAUCGAUAUAAUCACAGCACUUGUUCUGAAUGACAUUAGCCCUCUGUGUAAAUAUAGAAUGGAUUUGGUGUUACAGUUAAAGGAUAAUGCUUCCAAGCUGCUUCUUGCUCUUAUGGAAAGUCGCCAUGACAGUGAAAAUGCAGAACGAAUUCUUAUCAGUCUCCGACCUCAAGAACUGGUGAGUGUAAUUAAAAAGGCUUAUAUGCAAGAGGAAGAAGGAGACAGUUCGGAUGUGUCGCCCCAAGAAGUUGGGCAUAAUAUUUACAUCUUGGCACUGCAGCUGUCUCGUCAUAAUAAGCAUUUACAACAUCUACUCAAGCCUGUAAAAAGAAUUCAGGAAGAAGAAGAAAGUAUUUCUACUAUGCUUAGUCUAAAUAAUAAACAGCUGACCCAGAUGUUAAAAUCCACCACUGCCCCUGUCCAAGAAGAAGAGGAGGAUCCAUUAGCGUAUUAUGCUAAGCAUACUGCACAGAUAGAGAUUGUACGUAUGGACAGAAGCAUGGAGCAAAUUGUAUUUUCUGUACCAAGCAUCUGUAAAUUCCUAACAGAAGAGACCAAACAUAGGGUCUUUACCACCACAGAACAGGAUGACCAGGGAAGCAAAGUUAGCGACUUUUUUGACCAGUCAUCUUUCCUUCACAAUGAAAUGGAAUGGCAACGGAAACUUCGAAGCAUGCCUCUGAUAUACUGGUUUUCACGUCGAAUGACUCUUUGGGGUACAAUUUCAUUCAACCUAGCUGUUUUCAUCAACCUUAUAAUAGCUUUUUUCUACCCAUAUGUAGAGGGUACAUCUAUAGGAAUUCUGGAUUCACCUUUGAUCUCACUUCUUUUCUGGGGCAUGGUGUGUUUCUCAGUUAUGUCUUUGUUUACAAAGCGUUAUGGCUUUCGGCCUUUGAUUGUGGCUCUUAUCCUGCGCUCUGUGUACUACCUGGGAAUUGGCCCAACACUUUACAUACUGGGAGCCUUAAAUCUUACAAACAAAAUUGUCUUUGUGGUGAGUUUUGUGGGCAAUCGAGGAACCUUUAUUCGUGGAUAUAAAGCAAUGGUGAUGGAUGUGGAAUUCCUAUACCAUGUGGCUUAUAUUCUGACCAGUGUUCUUGGCCUCUUCAUUCAUGAACUGUUUUACAGCAUUUUGCUUUUUGAUCUCAUCUACCGAGAAGAAACCCUGUUCAAUGUGAUAAAGAGUGUGACACGGAAUGGACGCUCCAUCUUGUUGACUGCCCUGCUUGCCCUUAUUUUGGUAUAUCUCUUCUCAAUUGUGGGCUUUCUCUUCCUUAAAGAUGACUUUAUUAUGGAGGUUGACCGACUGCCAAAGGCUACUAGUCCAAUGGCACCAAACAAUUUUGCUGAAUUCUGUGAGAAGGACCAGACAGACUGCACUGUUGGUGUCACAACACUUGAUGAGAUUGAAGAUGAGGAGGGUGAUGUGGAAAGAGCCUGUGAUACUUUGCUCAUGUGCAUUAUCACUGUACUUAACCAUGGACUGAGAAAUGGAGGAGGUGUGGGAGACAUCUUAAGAAAACCUUCAAAGGAUGAGACUUUGUUCCCAGCACGCAUAGUUUAUGAUUUGCUCUUCUUCUUUAUUGUCAUCAUCAUUGUCUUGAACCUAAUAUUUGGGGUCAUCAUUGACACAUUUGCAGAUUUAAGGAGUGAAAAGCAAAAGAAAGAAGAGGUUCUCAAAACUACUUGCUUCAUAUGUGGAUUGGAGAGAGAUAAGUUUGACAAUAAGACAGUCUCCUUCGAAGAGCACAUAAAGGAGGAGCACAAUAUUUGGAAUUAUCUUUAUUUUAUAGUGCUGGUCAGAGUGAAGAAUAAGACUGAUUAUACUGGACCAGAGAGCUAUGUCGCACAGAUGAUAAAGAAUAAGAACCUGGACUGGUUUCCAAGGAUGAGAGCUAUGUCACUGGUCAGUAAUGAAGGAGAAGGGGAGCAGAAUGAAAUCCGAAUCCUUCAGGACAAACUUGGCUCAACUAUGCGACUAGUAUCACAUCUAACAAUGCAACUAAGUGAACUUAAGGAACAGAUGACAGAGCAGAGGAAGAGACGUCAACGCAUGGGAUUUGUUGAUGUACAAAAUAAUGUGGGAAAUACAACAACUAACAGUCAAGUAACACCAAGCCACUGAUGUAAAGAAUAUAACUAUAAAGAUCUUGUCUUCUCCCAAAAUAAUGUACAAUAGAUUUAUAAUCAUUUUCAGUUUUCUUAUAUUUUGAAACAUGCUGACCUUUAUAAAUUAAUAUAUUUCUGUUAUAUGAAGUGAUAAUGUUUAUUAUAUAAAAAGUGCUUGUCUAUAUGUUUCACAUUCUGCCAGCUUGCAGCUAUGAGAAGAGUCACUCCAGAAUCGGCAUAUUGACAGUAAAUUUACUUUGAACCCUGUUCUAUUGUUCUGGGCACCAAAAUUAUGGUAAUUUCUGCUACACAACAAAUAGCCAGAAAAAGACAUGGUUUAUGUUAUUAUUUACGGUAUUUAUGGUGCAGACCAAAAACACUCUUAUCACAAGCACUGACAGACAACAUAUUCUAAAAGCCUGGGCCUCUUUAGAUGAAUCAGUAACAAUAAAAAAAGGCUUUGUAUGAUUUUAAAUGUUUUGUUUUUCCACACAAUGCUAAGAACUAUGUAUUUGCUUCAAAUGGUCUAAAACUAAUAUAGCAUUUAUGAAAAAUCUAACCUAUAUCCAUAGGCUUGUUGUUCAAUGUGCCGAAGGACUAUAGGGGUCCACUCUCCAUUGCAGAUUAAAAAAAAAAUAGAAUACAGUGGAGAUAAUACAAGACCUAUUAGUCAAAAUUAACAAAUCAGAUCACCAGUGAAUCUCUCCAAAGUACAAGGGGUCCUGAAAAGGUUGCAUAUCUCCACACCCCCUCCCCCUUCCCAAAAACACUGUCUGAUUCAUGUACUGGAGUGGGCCGGAACAUGACACGGCUGCAAUACAAAUGCUUUAUUAAAUUAACCUUUUAGUGCUUAAUGGUGAUUUGAAUUUAGUGCUUAAUAAGUAGACUAAGGGGUGUUAUGUAGUAAAAGUCCUAAAGUUUGUUAGUAACUUAUAAUAUUUUUUUUCUUUCAGAUGAACAGUAAAAAUUACAUGCUUAUUGGUUGAUUUGGGUUUCUAAGACAGGGAAAAGUUGCACUUGUAUUAUAAGGUUUUUUCUGAUACUGGUCUGUGUAAUCAUUAAAAAGAAGGGAAAGAGAACUGUCUGGGUUUUUCAUAGAUAAAACAUUGAACUGCACUGUGUGUUUAAACUCUUCAGCUAUUGAGGUCUACAUAUGUAUGAAUAAAAAGGUAUAUCAUCACAUUAAGGGAUUGAGAAUAUUUUUACGUUAUGUGUUUUGGUAGGUAUCAUAAAUUAAUAAAGACUUUUCUCUGUUAUUCUGGUGAUGGUGCAAAUACUAAUGAAUCCUAAAGCCAUUACCUAAAGUCACCUAACAAACUAACAGUGUUAGAUUGUGAUAUACUGGCAUAUCAUAUGACACUAACUAGGAAACAACAUAAACAGUGAACUGUACAAACUAUUUUAGAGGUGUGCACUCAAAAUACAUUGUAAUAAAAGGGAAUGGUAGUAUGAAUAUAGUGUUUUUAUAAGAAUAGAUAAUGUGCUUACUUUUGUGAAACAUAAACCUCUUUGUUUCUCUAAUACAGUUCAUUAAAAAUAGAAUUUGUGUAUUUAAUAAAUAUGUAUCAGGCUAAUAUGCAGCUAUUUUUUACAAAGUGACAAGGUAAAACAAGGUAAAUGUAUAUUUUUUUUCUGCACAAAUUGGGCUUUAACAUACACUGAAUUUUAUAAUUUUUCUGAAGAUGUAACCAAAUGUUUUUUGCAUUUUGUAACUUUAAUAAAUAAAGAAAACUUUGAACAUUU